UGUCAGCUGUAAAUUUUGUUUUGGUUUUACGCUCGCACGUUUUCGGUUUGUUGGAAAUUAGUAUGUCUGUUUAAUGAAUAAACUUUAAUCAUUAAAAUAAUACAAUUGUGAUGAAAACUCAAAACCGAAUUGCUCAAAAUGAUAAGCUGCGCCAAAGACUUAAAAAGCUUUUUAAAAAAGGACAGCAAAACUUCGAUGCUUCUGUUUGCCAAACUGAUUUGAAGCCCAAUCAUAUUCAGAAGGACUCUAUGGCAGCGAAGAAUAAUUUCGCUCCGGAGGGAGGUAUUCCCAAAAAGAGGAAAAGAAAUCUUGAGAAAAAGGAAUCGACAAGCAAAGUAGAAUCAACUCCUAAAUCCAAAAAACUAAAGGUAAACCCCAAAAAAGCUAGUAGUCUGAAACCAAAUAAUAGUCAUGAGAAAUCGAAGUUAAAUCAUCAGGAUAAUAGGGCAAAGUGCACAAAACUGUCCAACCGCACAGAAACAAGUAAAAAGACUAUAACGCAAAAUAAUAAGGGAAAUGUUUUUUUGUCACUGGUGCAACACAAUGGAUGUCCAAGUGGCAUAAAAUUGGAAAACCACGACUAUAAUUCCUUCUUUGAUGACAAAGAUUUAACUUUUGAAGACGAUUAUGAUUAUGGUGAUUACUAUGACAGUUACAGUGAUGAUUAUUCUGACGAUAGUGACGAUUACUUUGAAGAAAGUGAUAGCUACGGAUAUAACGAUUCUGAAUAUUGCAAUUCUGAGUCAGAUUUUAAGUACGUUUCGGAAAGUUUGUCAGAAACGGAUCCUGACUAUGAACUUCCCCAAAAUAUUCCAGAAGAUCUAGUCAUUCAUAAAGGUACAGCACAAAAACGCGAAAUACGCAAGGAUGAUGAUGUUACUUUCGACAGCGAAAAUGAGGACCCGCAAAUUUUUGAAUUAAUCGGGGAAAGCUCAACCAAAUUGAUAAAACAACCAAAGGCUUAUGCAAAUAACGAAUUGCAUAAGUUAAACGAAAGAAGUGUUUUUUCAAAGAGCAUACAUAUUAAAAAGGAUUCGGAAGAACGCCAUGAACAUGAAAUGGAUUGCCCGUCAUUGGUACCAAUUUUAGAGGAAGAUGGGUUUCGGCUGUACAAUCCUGAGUCUGAUGACAGCUCCUAUGAAGAACUUAGUGAAGAUAGCUCUUCAGCGGAAUCCGAUAUAAACGAAAAGUAUAUGGAUGUCGGGCAGAGCUGCGAUGAAGAUUGUGAAAGAUGUAAUAGAAAGAAACAUCGAAAAUCUUUUAUUAACGUGGGUAUUAUUGAAGUUCAAAACUGCAUUCCACCUCACAUAAGUAACACAAUUGUAAGCACAAAAAAAACAGAAAUUGACAAGCCUAUUUCAGAAUUUCUGUCAGCUAAAGAAGUGCCUUCAAAUUUAGAUGGAGACGCAUUGAUUUCUGUAAGCGUCUGUGAAGCACCUUCUGCACCAGAUAUCAUUAAAGAGUUAGUGACAAGCCGAAAUGAAAAUUCAGUUGAUGAACCGGUUUUAGAGGGGAGGUUUCCAAAUGGAAACAUAACCCAGUCCCCACAAUCUGUUGAUGAAGAAUUGAUCGAUGAUGAAGGCAGUAAGGUUUUUCUACGAACGUCAGAGAUAAUAAAAGAUGGGAUUACAAAUGAACCAGAAAUAUGUGUACCUAGUAAUAUUCAAUUUCAGGAUAGAAUGAUUAUUCCUCAAGAACAAAUAUCUUUUAGAACAUUAUUUUUUAACGCUGUUAACUCUAAUCUUGUUAUUGUUUUGGUGAAGGAUCCCUUUUAUUUUUAUGGAACCGUUUGUAUGACUAUCUUAGCCGGAAAGGUCGAAAUAUACGGCUAUUCGCCACACCAAAAAGAGGAAGUUGAAAUAUUUUCACCACGUGGCUGCAGCAGUGUUCACGUAUCAACCAUUCCAUCAGCAGUAUACCCCGAUGAACUUGGGUCUAUAUUAAAACCGCUUCAGUUAUCUUUUAGUUCUAGUGAUUUGGAACGAAUAGAAAAGGACUUUGAAAGUGGUCGAGAUGCUGUAUUACUUUUGCAGCGAAAUACUCGGCGAAGAAAAUUAAAAAACAUGUUCAAAAAAUAUAUGAACGAAAAUGUCUUCCCCAAUAUGAAUUCUAUACAUACGGAUCGACCACUUUACUCAAGCGAGUAUUUAUUAGAUUGCGUGAUAAACACGGAAACAGAAAGACCUUUACGGGUGCCGGAGGAAUGGCGAAACUUAUAUUUUACCUCAACAUCUAAGGUGAUAAUUACCGGUGGAAAAUCAGUGGGAAAGUCUACUCUUCUACGUUACCUUCUAAAUUCACAAUUAGAGCAUUGUGAACGUGUACUAGUUAUUGACUUGGACAUAGGACAGGCGGAACUCUUUAUACCUCAAACUGUCUCUUGUACGGUUUUAUCUCGACCUUUACUGGGACCCGGAUUUUUCCUAAACCACCAACCCACUCGUGCGUAUGCUGUGGGCCACAGUAAUAUUGUUCUUUGUGCUCAGGAGUAUGUCCGCGCUGUAAGAAAACUUGUACAGUUUUGUUACUCAAAUAAAGAAUUCGCAGAAAUACCUUGGCUUGUUAACACAAUGGGUUAUAAUAAGGGAUUCGGCAUGGAGCUAAUGAGUGUUCUAAGUCAAUUAAUAAAGCCCACUGAUAUAGUUCAACUGCAAAGCAAUAGGGAUAUCAAUAAUUUUGAUGAAUUACUGUAUCCUCAUGUGUUAUCUGGGUUGCCUCGGAUCAUAUACACACAAGAUGUAUUGAGUGAGGAAAUUAAUAAACCUGCGUUGGAAUAUCGACUGCACGUAUUAGGUUCAGCCAUCAUCCAAGAAAGUCGAUAUCAGCGUGAUUGGGAAAUGAGUGCUAAGGAUUUGCGUUAUGCAACAUUUCUAUCCCGGCUUAGUGACGUCCUUCAGGGCAGUGCGGAAUGGCUGACAGAUUGUGUACCAUUAAGUGCGUUAAUUGAAAAGCUUCACCUGGUUAAUAUGGUUUGUAAUCAAUCGACUAGAGAUGAGCUAAUUCCUGCGUUUGAAGCUAAUUUGGUUUACUUGUGCCGAAAAGAUGACCAUAAUAAUGAUCCUAUUAAAUGCUAUGGCAUUGGCGUUGUACGAGCCACUGAUCUAAAGAAAUUAUAUUUGCUGCCGGCAAUGAGUUAUGACUAUUUAAAAGAAGUAAAUUGUUUGGCUUUAGGAGAAAUGCCAUUGCCUUCAUCUUUAUUCACAAACCAAGGACCUAAAGUGCGAAAGAUGGCUGCCUUUCUUUACAAUACUGUGAAUGCGAGAACUUCAAAGUCUAUCAAGCAAAUUUUCCACCGCCCAUCGCAGUUUCUCUCAGGAAAACAAAAAAUUGUUCAAUGAUUAGCAAAAAUAUCUUAGUUUAACUUACAUUUUUUCAUGAUCUUCGCAAUAAAAGCAAAAUGAAUGAACUGUAACAA